AGGUAGCAGAAGCAGCCGUGGGGAUGAGGCUAGUAUGGUCUGGGAAAGAAACAGGUCUGAAGAGGAGGGAGGAAGAGGGAGGAAGAAGCGGCCUGAGAGAGGAGGUGUGUGCGGCCGCUCUGUUCUGCUGGGCCAGAAGACUCCGCAGUGGGGGAUGGAGUGAGCCUCCCAGGGCUCCCCCCACCCCCGUGGUUGGCACAGUCCAAUCUUGACUCAGCUCUAAGCCUUGUGCUCCAGUGGAGCCCCACACCUUCCUCCUCAGGAUGCCAGCAGAGCCCCACUCCACAGCGGCUAUUUCCCAUGCAUCUCUAGGCCCACUUUGGCUCUGAGGACCCUAGCCCUGAGGGCAUCCCUUUGGCUCGUGUCACCUGCCAUGGAGCCUCUGUUGACUGAGAUGUACGGCCUCCAUGGUCAAACAGUCCCCGUAGCCCAGCCAAUGUCAGACAGGAGGGAGAUGGUGUCUGGGCUACCCUGGGAGAGAAAAGGCAACUGCAAAGGCAUGAUGCGAGGAGAGAGCAGCUAUCAGAAAAAGAAGAAGAAGCUGACUCAGCAGCUGCUGGAAGCCAGAGUGUGCGAGGAUCACUUGACGCAAGGAGAGGAAUGCUCGGAGCAGGGCAGCCUGGAAGUACAAAGGGCUCUGCAGCAGGAAACCAAAGGAGAAAAAUGCCACUUUCAGGGUGGAGACCUGCUUCCGCAGAAAGAAGGGGUGAAUUCGGGCAACUGGAGGCUGGACUUUGAGUCAGAGUCGAUCCAUGAAGAGAUUUAUUGGGGCUGCUUCUACUUUUUCCCUUGGCUCAGGAUGUGCAGGAGAGACAAAAAGGAACAGCCAUAAAAGCUUUCUACCCACCAGGGGGGCCUGCUGCGAUCCAUUCCCUGCUGCCAGCACCUCUGCGCCCCCUCCCUCCACCCCCUCCCGUCUUUAGCCAGAUCACUAAGGAUGCUCUGCAGGCGGCUGCCUCUAUUUGGCCCGACAUGCCCAGCGCUGGUCGCCCAGAUAUAUUUCAGCUGCUGUUCCCUGGAAGGACCGAGAUCUACAACACCCCCAGAAUUAAAGCUUCUGACACCCC